AUGUGUGCUCAUUUUUUUGGGGAACCACUUGUCCAAUCCAGCGGUGACGCGUCAGCACCGGCCGACGAGUUCCGCGGCGCGGACGGGCGCGUGUACCACUCGCACGACGGGCUCGCGCCGCACUCGCACGAGCCGCUCGACAGCGCGGGGAGCUUCGCGCUGCGCGCGCCGCCCCUGCCGAACCGCGACCUGGCGGAGCGCGCGUUUACCGUUGGAAUCGGCGGGCCCGUCGGAUCAGGGAAAACUGCCCUGAUGUUGGCCCUGUGUCGCACACUCAGAGACCAGUACAGCCUGGCAGCCGUCACCAACGACAUCUUCACGCAGGAGGACGGCGAGUUCCUGAUCAAGCACGCCGCCCUCUCGCCGCCCGGCCGCAUCCGGGCGGUGGAGACGGGCGGCUGUCCGCACGCCGCCAUCCGGGAGGAUAUCAGCAUCAACCUGGGGCCACUGGAGGAGCUUUCCUCUGAGUUUAAGGCGGACAUUCUGCUGUGCGAGUCAGGCGGAGACAACCUAGCGGCAAACUUCAGCCGAGAGCUAGCAGACUACAUCAUCUACAUCAUUGACGUAUCGGGCGGGGAUAAGAUCCCCAGGAAGGGCGGCCCUGGCAUCACCCAGGCAGACCUGCUGGUGGUGAACAAGACUGACCUGGCGCCUGCGAUCGGUGCUGACUUGGCGGUUAUGGAAACGGACGCGCUGCGCAUGCGGGAUGGGGGACCGCUGGUGUUUGCACAGGUGAAACAUGGGGUGGGGGUGCCAGCCAUUGUGGAUCAUGUGCUCACAGCAUGGAGUGCCGCCACAGGCCAGCCCAGGAGUUCUAACCCUUCUCCCCCUCAUUCCCCCCAUUCUUCCCCUCAUUUCCCAGCCUUCUCCUCCUCAUUCCCCCCAUUCUUCCCCCUCAUUCCCCCCCUUUUCUCCCUCACCCCCCCCCCCUUCUCGCCCUCAUUUCCCCCCCUUCUCCCUCUCACUUCCCCCACUGCUCCCCCUCAUUUCCCCUCCUGCUCCUUCUCACUUCCCCCACUGCUCCCCCUCAUUUCCCCUCCUGCUCCUUCUCACUUCCCCCACUGCUCCCCUUCAUUUCCCCUCCUGCUCCUUCUCACUUCCCCCACUGCUCCCCUUCAUUUCCCCUCCUGCUCCUUCUCACUUCCCCCACUGCUCCCCUUCAUUUCCCCUCCUGCUCCUUCUCACUUCCCCCACUGCUCCCCUUCAUUUCCCCUCCUGCUCCUUCUCACUUCCCCCACUGCUCCCCCUCAUUUCCCCUCCUGCUCCUUCUCACUUCCCCCACUGCUCCCCUUCAUUUCCCCUCCUCCUCCCUCUCAUUUCCCCCCUUACUCCUCUCAUCUCCCCCCCUCCUCCCUCUCAUUUCCCCCCUUGCUCCUCUCAUCUCUCCCCCUCCUCCCUCUCAUUUCCCCCCUUGCUCCUCUCAUCUCUCCCCCUCCUCCCUCUCAUUUCCCCCCUUGCUCCUCUCAUCUCUCCCCCUCCUCCCUCUCAUUUCCCCCCUUGCUCCUCUCAUCUCUCCCCCUCUCCCUCUCAUUUCCCCCCUUGCUCCUCUCAUCUCUCCCCCUCCUCCCUCUCAUUUCCCCCCUUGCCGCCUCUCAUCUCUCCCCCUCCUCCCUCUCAUUUCCCCCCUUGCUCCUCUCAUCUCUCCCCCUCCUCCCUCUCAUUUCCCCCCUUGCCGCCUCUCACUUCCACCCUUGCUCACUCUCGCUUCCCCGCUUCCCUCUCAUUUCCCUCCUUCACCCCUUCAUUUCCCAACCUAAACCCUUAUUUUCCCCACCUUGCUCCCCGUCAUUUCCCCCCCUUCUCCCCUUAUUUUUCCCACCUUGCUCCCCUUCAUUUCCCUCCCAGCUCUGGCAUAGCCCCACUGCCCUCCCGUCCUUUUCAUCUUCCCUCCCUUACAGGGUGGAUCCCUUGCAAAAUACUGCCCCCCACUCGCUCCCUUCCAUUCUCCCUUCCACGCUCUCCCAUCGCCAUGCCUUAAUUUCUCAUCCCCCCUCCUUCCAGGGUCAUCUCACCUCCCAUGAGAUCCCACUCGCUCCUUCAGUCCCUGCCCAUACUGCCGCCGCUGCUGCCUUUGCCGGAGCUGCCUCUGCUGCCACACCCAGUGUUCCUUCCUUUGCUCCUACUGGACCUAGCAUUUGUGGAGCAAAUGUAGCAGCAGCUCCCACGAGGAGUUGGAGCUGGGAUGAUCUUGCAAGAACAGCGGCAGGUGCAUGGGCAGCAACAGCAGAACCAAGAGCGAGUGGACCCUGCUGCGGUCUCACAGCCGAGCGCGCUCAUGAGUGCGCAAGCCGCAGGAGAUGCAGCAUGCCGGGUCUCUCACGCUGGGUGCACACUAUCGAAGCAGCCAUGUCAGCAGUGGACUGGGGAGCGAGCAGGGUGUGA